AUGUUGCCACCCACCACUGGCGCCCAGCUCCAGCGCGGCUACCAUGGCAGCUACAGCCGCCUGAUCAUUCGCACCUUCCUUCGACCAUCACCAUCGCCUACAGACUUCGCCAAGCAAACGCUGUCUGUUGGAGUUCAAGGUGAUCAAAGAACACAUUCUCAUGUUGUUGCAUUGAGAGCUGUCACAAGUCAAUAUGGGAUGACUGCUGACUGGUACAAUUUUGAACACAAUUUCCUUGAUGUUGUUGCAAGAAAGAUAUGCAAUAGUGUGAAAAUUAAGGAUAGUAAGGUUAAAGUCUUCAGUCUUGAGGAAAUUAGUGUAAUGGUUUUAACUAAGAUGAAAGAAGCAGCUGAAGCUUUCCUUGCAAAGAAAAUUAAGGAUGUUGUGAGGCAGGCAACAAAGAAUGCAGGUAUUAUUGCUGGGCUGAAUGUUGCUAGGACUAUCAAUGAACCCAGAGCAGCAGCAGUUGCCUGCAAAGGCUUUCAUCAAAGGAUUAUAGAAUAUUUCAUCAAGUUGAUUAACAAGAAACAUGGAAAGAACAUCAGCAACCACAAUAGACCACUUGGAAAACCGAGGGAAGCUGAACGUGCCAAAAGAGCUUUAAGCAGGCAGCAGCAAGUUAGGACUCAUGCUUGA